GACCAGCUCUCCUUUGACUUCUCCUAACUGUCUUUCCUUCUUGCUCAGCACCAUUGUCUCAGGUAUUUAUGGUCACUGUUCCUCUGAAACUGGAAGGAUAUUCGGUGAAAGGCACAAAGGAGCUCUUGAAUCAGACUGACAGCUUCUUUGGGGAAGAGCUGUUACACAUACCAGUGGAGCACAACCAGCGUCACUGGACAUAUCACAGAUUAUUUCACUACGCUGUUGAGGUUUGGGAUCAACCAGUGUCAUGGAUGUACUUGCAUUAGAGGCAAAGAAGGCAGAUGGAGCAGAGCCUGAGAAGAAAGCUGCACCGAGGCCAAAAGCAAAACCCCCCAAAAAGGCCAAAAGGAUUGUUUACUUUGAGGUGGAGAUUGUGGAUUUAAAGACUAAGGAGAAACUACUGCUGCUGGACAAGGUGGAGCCAACUGCCACCGUUUUGGAUAUUAAAGCACUGUUUCACAAAUCCUAUCCAAAGUGGUAUCCAGCCCGACAGUCCCUGCGCUUAGAUCCAAAGGCAAAGUGUCUCAGGGAUGAGGACAUUCUUCAGACACUUCCUGUGGGAACCACAGCCAGCUUUUACUUCAGUGACCUGGGGCCCCAGCUCACAUGGGGAACCGUGUUCCUGGCAGAGUGUGCUGGUCCACUGAUCAUCUACUUAAUGUUCUACUUCCGCCUUCCCUUCAUCUACUCUCCAAAGUAUGACUUCACCAGCAGCAAGCACUGGGUCGUACAUUUGGCCUGCAUGUGUCACUCCUUCCACUACAUCAAGAGGAUUCUGGAGACGCUGUUCGUCCAUCGUAUCUCCCAUGGGACCAUGCCUCUCAGGAACAUAUUUAAGAACUGUGGCUAUUACUGGUCCACUGCAGCUUGGAUGGCAUACUACAUUAACCACCCUCUGUACACCACACCCUAUUAUGGGCAACAGCAGGUGAAUACAGGUCUUUACAUUUUCCUGUUCUGUCAGAUAGGGAAUUUUUCCAUCCAUGUUGCACUUCGUAACCUCAAAAUACCAGGCUCAAAAACCAAGAAGAUUCCUUACCCAACGAAAAAUCCCUUCACCUGGAUUUUUUGGCUGGUCUCUUGUCCGAACUACACAUAUGAGGUUGGUUCCUGGAUCGGCUUCACAGUGAUGACCCAGUGUGUGCCUGUGGCUUUCUUCACUCUCGUGGCCUUCAUCCAGAUGACAGUUUGGGCUAAAGGCAAACACCGCAGCUACUUAAAGGAGUUUAGGGAUUAUCCCACCUUGCGCUCCUCCAUACUGCCCUUCAUCCUAUAGAGCCUGGCACAGACAACAACAGCUGCUAAACCCAUCCAGCUCCUCACUGGUAGAGGCCCUUUUUAAGAGUCUGUCCAUCCAACUGGAUGUCAGGGAGUGUGUGCCGAGGUUAACAAAGAGUGACAUUUACAGUGCUGGAUUGGUGAUUGCAGGACUGUCACGGGAAAAGGGAGCUAGUCAAAUGCAAUAAAGUCUUAUUUUAAUGUUGUGUGUGAUCUCAAAGAGAAUAUAAACCUGUCCUUUUUAUUUAUUAUUAUUUAUGAGUUGCAGAAUACUCAAAAGUGACUGUUUGGUUUAUUAAAAAAAAAAAAACACACUUAAUAGUUUUUUUGGCAGCCCAAUCAGUGAAAUUUUACCAAGAGUAUUCUCAACUACUGUGCAGCCUGGAGCUGAAAACUCGGUGGUGUCAUGCAGCUUGUGCAUUAUUCCACUGAAGUGACUGAUCCUGGACUGACCUUUACACUAAGCCAGCUCUAUUAUCAAAUGUAUUCACUGUUAUGAAUUCUGUUUCCCCUGAAUGUGCCUUUCAUACUGCUCAA